CGCAGUCUCGCACAAAUCGGACGAUGGAAGUAAUUACAUGAAAGAAAAGUGAGAUCGAAACGGAGAAAGCAGCGAUGUCUUGUUCUCUUCCAUUUCCAACUCGUCACUCAACUCGCUUGACUCGCUUCUUCUCUUCAACCCCAUCAAAACCCCAGCUCAUUCCAUCUCUCCAACCCUCAAACGACGCCGAUUUGAUCUCCCAAAUCCUCCUCCAGCACCACAACCCAUUCCACUCAAUGGAAUCAUCUCUCCAGCUCCACGGCAUCUCUCUCUCUCCCACUCUCCUUCACCAGACCCUCCUGCGUCUCCACAGCUUCUCCAAAGUGGCCUUCGCGUUCUUCUCGUGGGCUAAAACGCAGCCGUUUUGUGUCCCAGAUGCUGUGGCGUAUAACAUUGUGAUUGAUAUAUUGGGGAAAGUGAAGCAGUUUGAUGUUGCGUGGCAGUUGGUUGUGGAGAUGGAUCAGGUGGGGAGAAGACCCGGGAGGAAUACUUUUAGGGUUUUGAUUCGGAGGCUGAUUGCUGGGGGGUUUACGAGGCAGGCGAUUAGGGUUUUUGAGGAUAUGGGUUGUUUUGUUGUUGGUGAGGAUGACGAGGGGUGUUCCGAUAUGAUUUAUUUGGUCGAUACGCUUUGUAAGUAUGGGUAUGUGAAGGUUGCGACGGAGGUUUUUAAUAGGAAGAAGAUGGAGUUUGGGGUUAAUGAGAGGGUUUAUACUGUUUUGAUUGAUGGGUGGUGGAAGGUGAAUAAUCGGAAGAUGGCGGAGAGGUUUUUCGGGGAGAUGAUUGAGGUUGGGAUUGAGCCGAAUGUGGUUACGUAUAAUGUGGUUUUGAAUGGGAUGUGUCGGAGGAGGAGUUUGCAUCCGGAGGAGAGGUUUGAGAGGACGGUGCAGGAUGCGAGGAGGGUGUUUGAGGAAAUGCGUGACAGGGGGGUUGAGCCGGAUGUGACGAGUUACUCGAUUUUGCUUCAUGUGUAUAGUAGGGCGCAUAAGCCGGAUUUGUCGUUGGAUAUGUUGAAGGAGAUGAGGAGGGAGGGGAUUUGUCCAAGUGUGGCAAGUUAUACUAGUGUUGUGAAAUGUCUUUGUUCGUGUGGGAGGGUGAAGGAAGCGGAGGAGUUGGUUGAGGAGAUGGCGGGUAAUGGGGUGGCGCCGUCUGCGGUGACUUAUAAUUGUUUUUUUAAGGAGUAUAGGGGGAGGAAAGAUGCGGAUAGUGCUUUGGCUUUGUAUAGGAAAAUGAAGGGGAUUUCUUUAAGUUUGCCUAGUAUGCAUACUUAUAAUAUAUUAGUUGGGAUGUUCGUGAAGUUGAAUAGGAUGGAGAUUGUGGAAGAGAUUUGGGAUGAUAUGAAAGUGAGUGGGGCAGGACCUGAUUUGGAUUCCUAUACUUUGUUGAUUCAUGCAUUGUGCGAGAAAGAUAAGUGGAAAGAAGCUUGCCAAUUUUUUGUAGAAAUGAUAGAGAAAGGCAUUCUUCCACAGAAAGUCACGUUUGAAACACUUUACAAAGGAUUAAUACAAUCUGAUAUGUUGAGAACAUGGAGAAGGCUGAAGAAAAAACUCGAGGAGGAAUCAAUAAGUUUUGGUUCGGAAUUCGAGCAAUAUCACUUGAAGCCAUAUAGGAGGUAAUACAAAAUAGUAUCAUGAUGAGGUACCGUGUACAUUUUUUAUUGCAACUAAUGUAUACCAAUUAUGUAAUUGAAUGGAGAACAGUCAAUGUUCUGCUCACUUGUAUGUGAUUCCAGCAGCAGCUUUUAAGAGAUUACUAAUGCAACAUUUCUGUUCCUUUUUUGUA